AGUGCCAGGCAGAGGCCCAGGUUACAGGCUUUUGCCCUUGGUGGAGGCUGGAGCUGCUGGCAGCUGGUCGGCUCAGGGCCAAUGUCAACCCUGUACCGUGGAAUCAUGCCCCCACAAAGGUGGCCUCUUCCCUCCCACCGGGCCAGUUUGCAAAUGAGGCCAGUGUUUGCCCUGGAGGGUAGGCACAAUGCCCAGCCUGUGGGGGUGCACAGAGCUGCUCUGUGCCCAGAAGAAGGGCUCCCCCUCCCCUUUGGGGGCAAGCCAGACCACUGGCUGAGGGCCAGGACCCCUCUACCAGGAGGAAGGAAGCAGAGGAUGUGGGGGCUGCCUGGAACUGAGCAGGCUGAUUGGCUACUCCAGAGGGAGUGUCCUGUGCAGGCAUGUUGGAGACCCUGGUGUCCAGCUGUGGAGCAGAUACCACCUGCUGGGCCUUUUCUCUCUGGGCACAGAGGGGAAUGCAGCUCCAGCGAACCCGUUACUGACUCUAAGAUCUACCCAGACCCGGAGCUGGAGGUGCAGGUGCUGAGCCUGGCGAUCCGCUGCAUCCACAGUGAGGAGGGCUGCCGCUGGAGCGGGCCGCUCCGGCACCUGCAGAGUCAUCUGAAUACAUGCAGCUUCAAUGUCAUCCCCUGCCCCAAUCGCUGCCCCACCAAGCUGAGCCGCCGGGAUCUGCCGGCACACUUGCAACACGACUGCCCCAAGCGGCGCCUCAAGUGCGAGUUCUGUGGUUGUGACUUCAGCGGGGAGGCCUUUGAGAGCCACGAGGGCGUGUGCCCCCAAGAAAGCGUGUACUGUGAGAACAAGUGUGGUGCCCGCAUGAUGCGGCGCCUGCUGGCCCAGCACGCUGCCUCCGAGUGCCCCAAGCGCACCCAGCCUUGUACCUACUGCACCAAGGAGUUCGUCUUUGACACAAUCCAGAGCCACCAGUACCAGUGCCCGAGGUUGCCCGUGCCCUGCCCCAACCAGUGUGGUGUGGGCACGGUGGCUCGGGAGGACCUGCCUGGCCAUCUGAAGGAGAGCUGUAGCACCGCCCUGGUGCUGUGUCCCUUCAAGGACUCCGGCUGCAAACACAGGUGCCCUAAGCUGGCGAUGGCACGGCAUGUGGAGGAGAGCGUGAAGCCACACCUGGCCAUGAUGUGUGCCCUGGUGAGCCGGCAGCGGCAGGAGCUGCAGGAGAUGCGGCGGGAGCUGGAGGAGCUGUCGGUGGGCAGUGACGGCGUGCUCAUCUGGAAGAUAGGCAGCUAUGGACGGCGGCUUCAGGAAGCCAAAGCUAAGCCCAACCUCGAGUGCUUCAGCCCGGCCUUCUACACACACAAGUACGGCUACAAGUUGCAGGUCUCUGCAUUCCUCAACGGCAACGGCAGUGGCGAGGGAACUCACCUCUCGCUCUACAUUCGCGUGCUGCCAGGUGCCUUUGACAAUCUCCUGGAGUGGCCAUUUGCCCGCCGUGUCACCUUCUCCCUGCUGGAUCAGAGCGACCCUGGGCUGGCUAAGCCACAGCACGUCACGGAGACCUUUCACCCUGACCCAAACUGGAAGAAUUUUCAAAAACCGGGUACUUGGCGGGGCUCCCUGGAUGAGAGUUCUCUGGGCUUUGGUUAUCCCAAGUUCAUUUCCCAUCAGGAUAUCCGCAAGCGAAACUAUGUGCGGGAUGAUGCCGUCUUCAUCCGUGCCUCUGUUGAACUGCCCCGCAAGAUCCUCAGCUGAGUGCAGACAGGGCUCCAGGAGAAAGGGAGGAUGGAAUGUGACCUCAGUCGGGAACUGGCUGAACCUGGAGAGGGGGCCGGACCCCCUUUCAGCCUCUUCUGCUGCCUAGGUUCUGUUCCUCUGUUCCCCCUCCCCCCCUUCCCUCCUACCCUCAGGUGCCUCCUAUUGGUGCUUCAGCCCUGGCCCCUGGGUGGAGCAGGUCUUGGGGUCACCAAGGGCUUGGAAACAAGUGAUCCCAGGGUCUGUCUCCUCUCCUGGGCAGGGAAGACAUGCCUUGGUGCCGGCCACACUCUACCCGGGACUGAGGUACCUGCUGGUGCUAUGUCCCAAGAGCCAUAGUGGGGGGUGGGAGUUGGGAAAGUGAGGGGUAGUUCAAAGAAUCUGUCUUGAUGAGAUCUGAUUUCUCUUCCCCUUUCCCCAGCUGUGCCCUCUCCGGUUAUUUAUUUACUUAGUGCCAGGAGAGCACGGCGGGGGAGCCCUGGUUUUUAAUAAAUCCUGAAUUGUAUUUAUUAA